AUGUUGCGUGAUUGGGCGAUAACCUACAAAUGUCUACAACUAUCAGGUCUUUCAACACUUUCAUACAUCUUUGAUUUCAUAUUCUACUCCACAAUUCUAAUCUUUUCAACAGUAUUGGGAAGACUAGUUCCACCAAUAUAUCAUGAAUUUCUGUUAUUCGAUAUUAGUUUACGCUACACAUUCUUACCACAAGCAACAGUUCCCGUGUGGUUAUUGAUCUUGAUUUCAGCUGGAAUCCCACUACUCCAAUUCUUGCUAUGUGCAAUCUUUUUCCGCUCCUUAUCAUUAAAACGUCGAUUGUGGGACUUUUUUGCUGGUUGUUUAUGUCUACUUGGAGCACAAGCAACUCAAGUGUGGGCAGUGUCAUUAUUGAAAAACAUAACGGGGCUUCCUCGUCCUGAUAUGAUUGAGCGAUGCGAGCCAAUGGUUCAGAGUAUCCCAUUUACGCAAUUAUCAAACGUGGCUAUAUGUACUCAACCUAAUUGGAAUGUGGUAAUGGAAGGAUUCAGGUCGUUCCCUAGUGGACACGCAUCAACGGUCUUUUGUGGUAUGAUCAUCACUUCAUUGAACAUGGCGGCAAAAUUGCAGACUUUUGAUAGGAGGAACAACUCAUUCAAGGUGUUCUUGACCAUUGCACCACUUUUGGGUGCUGCGUUUGUGGCUGGGACGAGAGUCAGUGAUAAUCGGCAUUUCUUGCGCGAUGUGAUUGCGGGGUCGAUGUUGGGCUCUUUUGUGGGAGCUUCAUUCUAUCAUCAGUAUCAUCCGAGUGUGUUUCAAUUGGCGAGCAGAGGGAGAGCGUUCCCGCCGAGAAGGUUUUGUAUUUCGAGGUUUUUCAGAAACAUUGGUGGGUUUUGGAGUGUUGAUGCGGAUGAGGCUUUUGAUGAAGUAAAUGAGGCAGCACGCACGAUUGAAAAUGAAGAUGCCGAAAGAUUGAUCCAGGAAAGCGGACAUGGUACAAAUGUCCAAGUGAAAACAUUGGCCGACAAUAUCAAGAUUGUAAAUAUGUUGUAA